GAAAACCUGGCAACUCUGCCUCUGAGCAGGCACACUAAAUAGCGGACUGCUCGAGUUAUUUUCAGCAGAUUUAGGACGGCUUCAUUGAAUUGUAAUGCUCGGAGCAGAGCGAUCUACUCUGUCUGAACUAGCGAAGAUGACGGCCGCGAGUCAAGCGGAGAGGACUGUGCUGGAGGAGGAAUUUAAUUGGCUGCUGAAAGAAGAGGUGCAUGCGGUGCUGAAACAGCUGCAAGACAUUUUGAAGGAGGCAUCAAGGCGUUUUUCAAUGCCGUCACCAGGUCUGGAAGGACAGCUGAAACAAGAGAACUUCAUUCUGGGCAGCUCAACGAUGGACCAGGUGAAAGGUGUUUUGACACUACAAGGAGAAGCUCUAACUCAGGCUGAUAUUAACAUUAAAGUUGCUAAAAGCAGUCAAGUAAUGCAUUUUGCAUUCCGAGAUGAUAAACAGUGGAAAUUGCAGCAGAUUCAGGAUGCCCGAAACCAUGUGAAUCAGGCCCUGCAGUUACUAAGCAGCCAUGACCAGAGUUAUCACUUCAAAACUGGAGCUGAAGUCAAUAAGCUUAUGGAUGCAGUAAUGCUUCAGUUGACCCGAGCCCGAAACAGACUCACAACCCCGGCCAGUAUGACUCUUCCUGAGCUCGCAGCCAGUGGCCUAAUGAAAAUGUUCACACCUCCAAUGCCUGGUGACGUGAUGGUGAACUUCUAUAUCAAUCUCAGUAAACUGUGUUUGACAGUGUAUCAACUACAUGUACUGCAGCCUAACACUACUAAGAACUUCAAAUCAGCAGGAAGUUCAGUGCUGCAUAAUCCAGGAGCAAUGUUUGAAUACAACAACACCAAGUUCGAGGUGAGCCACGUCCAUAAGGUGGAGUGCGUGGUGCCGUGGCUGAAUGACACUCUGGUGUUUUUCACCAUUUCCCUGCAGCUCUGUCAGCAGCUCAAAGAUAAGAUUUCUGUUUUCUCUAGUUUCUGGAACUACAGACCAUUUUAAGCUAUUUCUGACCAAAACUCUACAGUGAAUGAUAAUAAAAAUUAUCAAAUUAAUUAUGCUCUAGGA